UCUGGUUGAAUCUUUGUGCGUUUGUUUAUUAUACAGUAAACAAUAUAAGUGCAUUAAAUUUUGUAAUUAUGUCUGUGUUUGAUGUUUUUUUUUUUAGUAAUCUGUCAUAGCAGAAUCUGAGUCAAAGAAGAAUAACCACCACCGAAGAAAACGCUGUUUCCGGAAAUAGUCCAUGUGGAUGUUUUUAGUGCGAAUUUUUGUCUGUUAAAAAGAUAAAAAUGGGCAAAAAGGGAAAAAAGGACAAGAAGGUAAAGGGAGCAGAAAAGACGGCAGCAAAAAUGGAGAAAAAGGUUUCAAAGAGAUCGAAAAAAGAAGAGGAGGAUCUCGAGACUCUAAUCGCCGAGUUUCAGUUACUGGAUGCGAAGAAAACGCAGGUUGUGGAGACCGUGUGUCCUCCUCCGUCUCCGAGGCUGAACGCAUCUCUGAGCGCACAUCCUGAAAAAGACGAGCUCAUUCUGUUUGGUGGAGAAUUCUUCAACGGGAAAAAGACCUUCCUGUACAACGACCUGUUCUUCUACAACAUAAAGAAGAAUUCAUGGGUAAAAUCCGACAUCCCGAACCCUCCUCCACGCCGCUGCGCUCACCAGGCGGUGGUGGUGCCCCAGGCAGGGGGUCAGUUGUGGGUGUUUGGAGGCGAGUUUGCGUCCCCUAAUGGAGAACAGUUCUAUCACUACAAAGACCUGUGGGUUCUUCACCUCAACACACAAACCUGGGAACAGAUCAAAGCUCCUGGCGCCCCCUCUGGCAGAAGUGGACAUCGCAUGGUGCUGUGUAAAAGGCAGCUCAUUGUGUUUGGUGGAUUUCACGAGAGCAUCAGGGAUUAUAUUUACUAUAACGAUGUUCACUCAUUUAACCUGGACACCUUCACCUGGUCCCGAUUGGCCCUGUCUGGCUCCGCCCCCUCACCACGCUCCGCCUGUCAGAUGACCGCCACGCCCGACUCCGGAGGUGUCAUCAUCUACGGAGGCUACUCUAAAUCUAGAGCCAAGAAGGAUGUGGAUAAAGGGACGAUCCACUCAGACAUGUUUCUGAUGAAGAAAGAGGAGCAAGAGAAGUGGUCAUGGAGUCGCGUGAACCCUUCAGGUGUCAAGCCUCCUCCUCGCUCAGGUUUCUCUCUGGCUGUGGGGCCGGUGGGACGAGCCAUCCUCUUUGGAGGAGUGCGUGAUGAGGAAGACGAGGAGACGCUGGAGGGAGAUUUCUUUAAUGAUCUUUACCUGUACGACAUUAACAAGAACCGCUGGUUCCCAGGACAACUCAAGGGGAACAAGUCGGAGAAGAAAAAGCGGCGGCGAGGGAAGAAAGCGGGAGAAGAUGGAGGACCGGAGAACGAAGCGAAGCAGGAGAGCGGCGAAGAAGCAGAACAACCGAAGGAAAUUGUGAAGGAGAUCGUCACUGAGGACGGAACGGUGAUGACCAUAAAACAGGCGAUCCCCGCGGCUCAAGAGAGCGAGGACGAGGACGAGGACGAGGAGGAUGAGGAAGAGGAGGCUCGUUUGGUGGAGCCGUCCCCGAGGUCGAACGCCAUGGCAGCAGUAAAACACGGGAAGCUGUAUUUGUACGGAGGCAUGUUCGAGGUGGGAGACCGUCAGUUCACCCUGAACGACCUGUACUGCCUCGACCUGCAUAAGAUGGACCAGUGGGAGGAGCUGGUGGAGAUGGACCCCAAAACUCAAGAGUGGCUCGAAGAAUCGGAAUCAGAAGAUGACGGUGAGGAAGAGGAAGGAAAAGCAGGUGAAGAUGAGGAGGAAGAGUCCACUGAGGAGGAGGAGGAGGAGGAGGAGAGUGAUGAUGAAGGUGAGGAUGAACAUCCCCCUGUAAAGUCCGACGAGAGCGUGAGCGAGUAUCAGAGUCGGACCGAGGCGUACUGGCAGCGACUGGCUCGAACCAACAUGGGCCCCGACGCCAAGGACAAGAAAGUCAACAAGGUGGGGCUCGCCAUGGCCAAGGUGUUCUAUGAGGAGCAAGCAUAGCAGAGGCUGUUUAUAGUGUGUGUGUGUGUGUGUGUGUACAGUUAUAAAUGUUAUAAAUUCUCUUUGACAUAUACGAGGAUUUCUGCUCAAUAAAACAUCUCUAUUCUUC